AUGACGGAUAAUCGAGACUUUGUUAUUUUCAUUAUUUUGGCGUGCGAAGACUGCACAAAAACAAAACGCUUCGCUUUCGGUUUAGAAAGAACGACCCUUCUCCUCCCGCCGUGCAACAAACAAGCACAGGAACAUCAACGGAGCCAGCAGCAGCAGCACCAACAACCGCAAUGAAGAGCAACGUGAAUCAAGGGGGUUAUGUUCCUCCUCCUGCGUUUGGUUCCGGCGCUGGUUACUAUCCACCGAAUGCACCGCCCGCCGAAGGAUCUGGCUAUCCACCAGGGGCUCCUUAUCCACCAGCAGGUCCUUUGCCUCAUCAUCAGCAGUCGCCAGCGAAUUAUGGUUUUGUGCAAGGAGGUUCGACAUCUGGAGGAUACGCACCAGUACCACAAAUGCCACCUUAUGGAGAAGCUCCGCCCUAUGGCGCAGGACAGCCACCGUAUGUAGGUGGUGGACCUCCGCAGCCACAGCCACAACCAUUUGCUGGAUAUCCACCAGGUGGACCAGCAGGAGUUCACCAGCAAUUUGGUGGAUAUACACCCGGUCCGCCUGGCGCUCCUCCAUAUGGUGGCUUCCAACCACCAUCUGGUCCCCAGCAGCCAAUCAUUUCACAGCCAGGAGUACCCCAGCCUCAGCAGCCAGGGAUGGGUGCAGGCGGCGGCGAUUGGAUGAAUAUACCUACAGGAAUUCCGAAUUGUCCGCGCGGAUUGGAAUACCUUACGACUAUCGACCAACUUUUAGUUAAACAAAAAGUCGAACUACUCGAGGCCUUCACCGGCUUUGAGACCAAUAAUAAAUUCUCCAUUAAGAAUGCUCUUGGCCAGAAGGUCUACUAUGCGGUGGAGGACAACGAUUGCUGCACUCGCAACUGUUGUGGUCCCUCGCGUCCGUUCGAUAUGAAGAUUUUCGACAAUUUUCAACAGGAGGUUAUCCAUUUGUAUCGACCAUUGGCCUGUUCGGCCUGCUGCUUCCCAUGUUGUUUGCAAUCAUUGGAAGUCUCAGCCCCGCCAGGCAAUGUCAUUGGUCGCAUUGAACAAGAAUGGUCCAUAUGUUCGCCAUCGUUUCGUAUUCUCAAUCAUAUUGGCGACACAGUGCUGCGCAUUGAAGGACCUUUCUGCACAUUCUCUCUUUGCGGUGAUGUAGAAUUCAAUGUCGUCUCUCUAACUGGCGAAAAAGUGGGAAAGAUUUCCAAGCAAUGGUCAGGAUUUGCAAGGGAAAUUUUCACAGAUGCUGAUUUCUUUGGCAUUAAUUUCCCGCAAGAUCUGGACGUUCGCAUGAAAGCAGUUCUGCUUGGCGCCACUUUCCUGAUUGAUGCCAUGUUCUUUGAGAAAUCUGGUAACCGUGAAUCCGAUGGACCCGGUAUGCUAUAGGAUAAAAGUGGUGACUGCUGUGAACUUUGUCUGCUUUGUUGUGAAGCUUGUGGGGAAUGUGAUUGCAUUUGCCAGUGAUCCUGCAUUUGAUGUAACCGACAAGGCGAGAAAGUGUCCAUGGAAUAAAAAUAAAUGUGUUUUUGUUUGAA